AUGCCUGGAUCCGUGCACUCCCAAGAUAUGGACCAGUCCAUGAUCGACGCAGAGGCCACCGAGAUGCCCCAGUCCAACGACCCCAUCCUCGAAGAGAGACAGAUUGUCGUGCUCCCCGGUGCCACAGAUACCGCCGCUUCCUUCCAGUUCGAAGGCGAGGGCCACACCAUGGGCAAUGCGCUGCGAUACGCAAUUAUGAAGAACCCCGCUGUCGAGUUCUGCGGCUACACCAUUCCCCACCCUUCAGAUCCGAAGAUGAACGUCCGCAUUCAGACUAACGAUACCACUACUGCGCUCGAGGCUCUGGAGAAGGGCUUCAACGAUCUGAUGGAUCUGUGUGAUGUAGUAACGGAGAAGUUCACUGCUGCGCGUGACCAAUAUAACGCGGAGAGUGGUAACCGCAUGGAGGCAUGA